CUUCAAAUGGUUAGAGGUUAAAUUCAACAUAAAUGGGAAGAGGAAAAAGAGCAAAGAGGGUCCAAAAAAGAAGAGGAUCAAAGGAGCUGCCAUUUGAGGAAGAAAGAAGAAGAAUCAGGGAUCUUAUUGAUGAUUUCUUGAACGGCUUGAAGAAAAUAAAGAAUGAAUUCAUUGCUUCAAAAUGGGAUGACAUUGAAUUGCUAAGAAUGGAUCUGAGAUUCCUAAGAACAUUUGUCCUGUUUGGGAAUUCCAGUUUGGAUGACUUUUAUGAGAGGAUGUCACUGAAUAUAAGCAAAUUCAAUGAACUUGCUUGGUUAGUUUUCUAUCAUGAAGAAGAUAAAUUAAUCCUAGCGAAAUACGACAUGGAAUGUCUCACCCCUCUGCUGCUGGAAGAGAUGAAAAGUUAUUUGAGUUUGGAGAAUGAUUAUUAUGUAGCCACGACGACAGAGGACAAAAUGUUUGAAUACAGGGACAGACUAUUCAAACACCUUCAUGAUCUACCAAAGUAUUGUGCUCAUUUACUUCUCCCCCUGAUGAAUGAAUACAUGAUUCUUCGACAAGUAUUCAGACAUCUGAGAGAUUUCUAUGAGUUGGAAUGCAUAGCGGCCAACAAAACAAGAACUGAAUAUCUCUAUCCUCGGUACCAAAUGAUAGUUGAUAGAGUAACACAAUUCUGUUUUGAUCUUUGGACUGGAAAGAGUAAAGAAGAAAUUGGUGAUGAUUACUAUUUCCACAGGUAUGACGUAUCUGAAUGCUCUUCCAAGAUCACUUCUCUACUCAUCGACAUAAUCCCUCUUGAGCUGGAUAUUCUAUACAUUUCUACUACGAAAAUCAAGGAAGAACCAAGGUCAACUGAACUAAAAGGGUGGGUUAAGCAAAUCCUAAAAGCAUUUCCAAGAAUUCUUCAAAAUUAUCUGAUUCUUAUCCAAGGACGCAUGGAAGGUGCAGUAGCUGUCAAUUACUCUCCAACUCAAAGCAUUAAUGUCAUGAUGGAGUUCCUAUUGAUUUUUCUCACCGAUAUACCAAAGUGCUUUAUCCAUCGUGACAAAUUGAACGACAUGUUGGCACAUGUUGGAGUACUUACAAGGAAAAUAUCUAUUCUGGUGAGCAAGCUGUUGGAGGAGAGCUCUGAGAAUAAUAUCAACGAAGUGGACUUUUCAGCUCCAGACUUUUUGCAAGAAAUUGAACAAAUGAAGGGAGAUAUCAGACAGGUUUUUCUGAAAGAUCCAGAGUCAUCUCAACUUCGCUUUCCUAUGGAUGAUGGUUUCCUCUUCAUGAAUCUUUUACUCAGACAUUUAAAUGAUUUGUUCAUUUCCAAUGUCUAUUCAGUUACUCUGAUAAAGAAAGAAAUUGGGAUGGUGAAACAAAGCCUUGCAUUCCUUAGAUCAUCUUUCGGGAAAGUCGGGCAAACAUUGGAUGACACUAGUGGAGUAGUUAAAGAUUGUUGGGUGCGUGCUUUAGAUGUGGCAUAUGAGGCAGAACAUGUCAUUAAUUGCAUUCUUGUUAGAGAUAAAGCUCUCUCCCAUUUAAUCUUCUCACUUCCGAGGGUCACUGAUAAGAUCAAGCUUAUUGUGUCAGAAGUCACCAGUUUAGGGCUGGAGGAUAAGAAUGGGGAUGACCCCCUUGAUGCAAAGUCUUCCGACGAGUCAAUUGAGUCAACCUUGUCAUCUUUUGUUGAGGUAACAGUAGGUCAUGAGGAAGACGAAUCCUGGAUCAUUGAUCAGCUCCUUGAUGAACAUGAAUCCGAGCUUGAUGUCAUUUCGAUUGUAGGAAUGCCAGGACUCGGUAAAACUACCCUGGCCAACAAAGUGUAUAAAAAUACAUUAGUUGCUAGUCAUUUCAAUGUUCGUGCUUGGUGCACUGUUUCUCAAAAGUAUAACAAGUCAAAGGUGUUGCUGGAGAUUCUUCAGCAAGUUACUGGCUCGGAAGGAAAAGAGAGUGAGGAUGACCUUGCUGACAAGGUACGAAGAGCACUAUUCGAUAAAAGGUACCUCAUUGUCUUGGAUGAUGUGUGGGAUAUUGCAACAGGGGAGAUGCUAAUAGCAUGUUUUCCAAAGGUUAAGAGAGGAAAUAGAAUUAUCUUAACUAGCCGAAAUAGUGAGGUAGGUUUGAAAGUUAAAUGCCAUAGUGAUCUUCUCCACCUUCAACUUUUAACACCUGAAAAAAGUUGGGAGUUAUUCGAAAAAAGGGUAUUUGGAGAUGAAGGAAGCUGCCCUGCUGAGUUGUCAAAAGUUGGACACAAAAUUGUUGAGAAAUGUCAAGGGCUUCCUUUGGCUCUUGUUUUGAUUUCUGGAGUAAUUGUUAAAGGAAGGAAAGGAAAGCAAAAGGAUUUGUGGCUUAAGAUUCAACAUAAUCUGGAUUCUUUUAUUUCAGCAAACAACAAUUUGCAGAUGAUGAAAGUGAUGCAAUUAAGUUAUGACCAUUUACCACACCACCUGAAGCCGUUGUUGCUUUACAUUGGAAGAUCUCAAAAGAGCAAACGAACUCCAGUCGUUGAGUUGAUGCAGUUGUUGAUAGCAGAAGGGUUGGUGGAUAAUGAUAUCUGUUCCAAUAGUAGUUUAGAGGAAGUAAGUCAAAGUUACUUGGAUGCUUUAAUUUCUAGAAGCCUGCUAAUGGUGGAUCAUAUCAAGAAGAGUAAGUCUUUUUCUGUUAGGAUCAAGGUUUGCUAUGUGCAUGAUGUUGUGCAUGAUUUUUGUUCAGUAAAAGCGAAAAAGGAAAAGUUUUUCAAGUUAAUCAAUUCAGGUGCUCCAUUCCAUGCUUCUUAUUUCCUAUACCGUUGUCUAACCAUUCAUACUAACUCCAACAAACUCCACAAAAAAUGUGUUUUGUUCAAUUCUAAUAAGUGCUCAGCUUGCAGUAAGCAUCUCAUAUCUGUGAAAGUGAGUGGUUCUCUUAAUAACUCCAGGUAUAUCUGUCACACAAGACACUUGAGACUUCUUAGAGUGUUGCAACUGGAUAGCAUUAUUCUGGAAUAUUCUUUAGUUGAAGAAAUAGGCUCCCUAUUUCAUUUGAGGUUAUUAAGGAUUUGGGCUAGUAUAAAAUCCAUCCCACUGUCGUGGGUGAACCUCCAGAAUCUGGAAACUCUGUUGAUCGAAACGGAAUAUCCCAUCAUGGUACUACUGCCCAGAAUACUCAAACUGUCGAAACUGAAACACAUGAGUGUCGUCCACUUAAGUUCUUUCUUUGAAUUGGACGACAAAUGGAACAUUAUUAUGGAUCAAUCAACUAGAAUAUUGGAAGGUGAGAAUUCAAAGUUAGAAGACUUGACAACUUUGUCCCAAGUUCUUAUCUCAUAUACUGAAGGCAUGAGUGAUGCUCUGGGGAAGUUCCCAAAUCUUCAGCACCUCAAUUGCAUCAUCAAGGAACCGAUAGAUCCUCCUACACAAGGCGAUUGGUUUCCCAAGCUUGAUGUCCUUAAUAAACUUGAAUCACUCAUCGCAAGAUACCAGAAGGCAUGGGCAGAUUAUCAGUACGAUAAUGAUCCCGAGUUAAAAGACAAAAUCCCACCUCCCAAUGAAUAUCACUUCCCUACAAGAUUGAAAGAGUUACGGUUGUAUGGUUUUCCCCUGAGACCUGCUUUGUUUUCAGCAAUCGCGGCAUUGCCUGAGCUUGAAAUUCUGGAGUUAAUCGACUCUGCUUCUGUUGAGGACAUGAAGUGGGAUGCAAGUGAGGACAUCUAUCAAGGUCUUAAGACUUUGCGGUUGGUAUCUGCUAAAUUUUCAGAAUGGCAAGUUGAUUCGGAAACUUUUCCCAAGCUUGAGGAAUUAAUACUAGAAUACUGUGAGGAGCUUAUGGAGAUCCCUUCUGCAUUUGCGGAUAUAGAGACUUUAAAGUUCAUUCGCGUGGUUUAUAUUAAGCCUGACCUUGGAGAUUCAGCCAUGGAGAUUAAGAAAGAUGUAGCAGCUUACACAGGAGAGGACAAGCUUGAUAUCCAUUUAUCAUAUGCGUAUGACGAAGAAGAGUUAAGCGUUGGAGAUUCAGACAUUGGGAUUAAGGAAGAUAUAGCAGCUGAGAACGCCCAAAUUAGUAACUGGUACAGAAGGCGAGGUCAUAUAGUAGCUGAUUCCUCAACUGAACAAGUGAAUACGGACUCUAAUCAACCAUGUACGAAUUAAACUCUUAAUCCUACAGCCUAGAACACCCUAUUGCAGAAAGUGUCAAAGCAAUAGCUCUAUUGCCAAUUGUAUCAAUUGACUCUAGUUAAUAUAGACUUCAAUCGCAUACUACACUAUUAACUCUAACUAUGCUUAUUGUUUGUUAAAGUAGUAAAGAAACGAUCUAUUCCUUUAUUGAUUAGGAAUGGAUCUUACAAGUUGAAACGCACAAGAUACAAUCUUUUAAUCACAAUAAACGAAACACUUGAUAACUCUAUCAGGUCCCUUGUAGAUCUUGAAAGCUUGUGUUAUGCUUGAGAGAGACAAAAGACAACUUUUUCAAUUAUGCUCAAUUGUUUUGACUAGGUUGUUUCAAGUUAAUAAGAAUAUAUUAUCCUCUGAAUAAAACAACAUAGUGUACUUUCAUUGGCUGAGUAUACUGUCCUCUUUUCACGUGCUCACCAAUCACGUUUUACAGUUGUUCCCCAUUUCACAAGAGAUACAUGCUCGACUCAUGGGACCAGGUCUCAUAGUUUGUGAAAAUCAUUAAAACAUCAAAGUUACAACAACAUGAAUAUAAAUGUUGGUUGAUCAAAAUAUCAUUUAAAUAUUGAACAACUUUUAUACCUUUAAAAUAUAAUCUCAUAUUAA